AUGUCCUCUGCGAUCCAACUCUCCUCCGUCUGGCUCCUCCGAAACCUCUUCUUCAUCGUCGCCUCAGUCGUCUUCACGUAUCUGCUCAUUCGGAUCAUAUACAAUCUUUUCCUUUCCCCGCUUAGCGCGAUACCCGGCCCAUGGCACUAUGCCAUUUCUGAUCUUCCGCUCAUCUCUCACGUCGUUCGUCUGCAGCAGUGCAAGACCGUGCAGUCCCUCUUCGACACUUACGGUCCCGUUGUCCGCGUAGGGCCCAACAGGGUCGUCUUUCGAGAUCUCUCCACUAUGCGGAACGUCUACUCAGUACACAAGUUCGACAAGAGCAACUACUACAAGAGCCUUCUCACCAACGACAACGAUCACGCUAUGACCACUCUCGAUCACGCUAGUCACACUAUCAAACGAAAGUCCUACGCUCCUCACUACACGCACAGCAGCGUUGCUCAGUUUCAACCUGAAAUGCAGGAAUAUACCUUUGAGCUUAUCAAUACCCUGGAGAGUAUCUCUGGGAAAACUCCGGUGGAGUGCCUGGCCCUCUUCCGACACCUAAUGGUUGAUGUGGUGGUUUCUUCUUCUUUCGGUUAUCGCCUCGGAGCAGUAGGCAAGUGGGCCAUGGACGUCGAAGAUCCCCUUUCCACGGCGAUAAACGACUUCCCCAAACGCGGAAUUCUGCGCAGCGUUGUUCCCACUUGGGCCUGGAACCUUGUUUGUCGAAUCCCCAAUAACCGCUGGAAGCAGCUUUGCGAUUCUGACAAAAUUCUUGCCGAGUUCGUGAGCGGUCGCGUAUACGAGAUGCGUGCACAGAUGAACGCUGGAAAAUUUGGCGACUCCGAGAAGCUUUCCAUGCUUCAGCGGCUGCUGAAGUAUCGAUAUUCCCCAGCUGAACAAAUGCCUGACCAUGAUAUCAUUUCGGAAUGUAUCGGACACCUAAUGGCUGGAACUGACACUACGUCCACGUCCAUUUCGUACCUAUUUUGGGAACUCAGUCGCCGUCCAGACAUCAUGAAAAAGCUUCAAGCCGAACUCGACGACGCCAUGCCGGACUCCAAGGUACUGCCUGAUAUCACGGUUUUACAAGAGCUGCCCUACUUCAGCGCAUUUUUGAAAGAAGGUCUUCGUCUUUACACCGCUGUCCCCAGCCUUCUUGAACGCGUGGUCCCGACCUCGACUUCGAAGAACGGGGCGUCAGAUGAGAUCUUUGACCUGAUGGGCUAUGCCCUUCCCCCAGGAACGAUUGUGGCUACGCAGGCGUGGUCCAUGCAUCGUGAUCCCUCUGUUUUCCCUUCCCCAGAAACCUUCCUUCCAGAACGCUGGCUCGAGAGCUCCUCUACUCCUCCAGAGGAUCUGGCGAGGAUGGCGGCGCAUAUGAUGCCUUUCGGAACUGGAAGCCGGAUUUGUGGCGGCCAGAACCUGGCUCUUAUGUUGCUGAAGAUGGCCAUCGCCGCUUUUGUGCGCAAUUUUGAUAUUCGAGCACCUGCUGAGACGGACGAAAGGAGCAUGGACAUCAAAGAUAGCUUUGUGAUUUUCCCGAGCGCGAUGGAGUGCAAGCUGAUCUUCACCCCGCGCCAACUGUAA